UUGCUGCCAAAAUCCCACAGUCAGUAGUGAUCGAAACACUCGGUUGACCGUUUGGGAGAAAACUCGAUCCGUCCGCACCCAGGUGACGAACGCAGAAAGCAGUACAGGUUGUGCCAGCUCAGAGAAGACGAGUCAGAGUCUGUUGAACUUUUGACCUUUCGUCGCGCGAACUCGCUGUUUCAGGAUCGAUAGUUUGUUCCCGUCCGUUGGGUUCGUGUUUAAACUAGCUCAACUAGCCCCUAUCGCCUUCGUUACAAAUUAUUUCCCACACCGGUGAAAACCCACAGCAAAAAUGAGCCGCCGUCCCGGAUACCGCAGCCGCGUCUACGCCUCCAACCUGGGCAUGGUUGAGAACAACUACAAGGAGGCCCUGGCCCGGCUCGAGAAAAGCCGCAGACCAGCGUCGGUCGACCGCGAGCAAACCAGCCUGGGCCGUGCCUCGCCCCUGUCCAGCAAGCCACUGUUCGACUUCAACGGAGACGAGUUCGACGAGGAGCUGUCGCAGGCCCGUUCCCGUGCCUCCAAGGUCAUCCAUGAGAAGUCGGUCAUCGAUUCGCGCUCGGAGCGGCUACGCAGCCACAGCCUGGCCCCGGUCACCAGCGUCGCCCUGGAGAACGACUUCGACGAGCAGGUCCAAGCCACGUUGAACCGAAUCCGCGCAAGCAAGAACAUUCUGAAUCAGCUCCAGAGCGACGAUACACUGGAACAGGUUCGCAAUGAAACCCGAUCUAAGCUGAGCGAACAAACCGCCAAGAAACUGGCGGAAAAGUUGUCCAGCUAUGACGAUUCCAGCGAUCUCGCUUCCACCGAAAAGCAAUCCGUGAGGAAAACUCUCAAGAUUAGAGCAGUAACCGAUAGCAGCUCUUCGCUGGACUCCAAGAGUGCCCUCAAGUGGAAGGACGAAACGGCGGAAUCGUUCGCGGCGAAGCGAGCCAACGCCACCAGGGCCCGGCUGGCCGAUCUGGACCAGGAGAUGCUGGAUUUCGAGGAGAAACAGGCGGCCCGCGCUCGCCGGUCGGCCCAUCUGAAGAAGGUUCUCGCGGAAACGUCCUGCGAUGAUCUGAUCCCGGCCACCACCACCGAUCAGGCGGGAACCAAGGUGACCACCGGAAUGGUUCGAUUCAAGACACAGAAGAAGGUGGUUUCGUUCUAAGAGGAUUUUUUUUCUAGUGGUAGUAAAAAUAAAUUGACUUAUCAUUUUUUCUGAGAAUUCCUACUUUUUAAGUUAUCGUUUACUAUAAUGUAUAAAUUUUUGAACAUAUUUUUUAGGAUGUAAGCCCUUCACAUGAUAGAAAUCUUACAAGUGGCACUGAGCACUGUUAUACCCUGUCAAAAGCAACAAGCUUAGAAUAAUGUUAGAGAUGAGAAUGAAGAACAGAUGAUAUGAAGCGUUAUUUAUAAAUAGAACAGUGUUACUCGAGAAAAAAUUAACAAGGCAUAACAUUUUUAACCAAGGUAAACCGUGGCGGACGAUAACAAUAAUCUAUUUUAAUGAAGCAACUGUCCUUGCAUUGCGAGAUUGUUGAACUCUCUGAAUCACAGCACGUGUUCUUAGCUUUUUUUCUUUCGAGUAGACAGGCUGAAUCUGAAAUAAAUUACGAAAAACUAAAUAUUAAUUGCCAGCUAUUUCGUUUUUAUCAAAACACAUCUCGACAACGCGGAAAACAGUCCACAACAAGAGUUAUCAUUUAUAAUGUAUUUAUACUUACCUUCUGUCGGGCAUUAUAAUCAAUACUCAGCUCAAAACCGCAGUUUAGGCAAUACAAUAGCUACUACAAAUAUUACUUAUUCGUUGUUUUCUACUUUGUACUCCUUUUAUUUAUAUUUGCACCCUUAAAUAAAGAUUCAAAAAUACAUCACA